GCGCUCGUUCAAAUCCGUUUUCAUGAAACGAGAGCAAAGUAAACUUACAGAAUUACUGGAAAAAUUGUGAUAAAAACCGUCUAAAAUAUGGGCGAUCACCGAAAAACAAUUUCAUAUGCUUAAACAGAUGAUUUAUACACAUACUGGAGGGUUUCUUUUGGUGUAUUCGGGUUUAAAAACGUAUCUGUUUUGAACUUGAAAAUACUAGAAGAUGACAACACAAUACAUGGGGGACUCGAUCGAGGUGAAUUUGUGUGGACUUCCAAGUCCUAGAUCUUCUUGGAAAAGGGGGGUUUGCCUGCGUUUACAGGGGACGUUGUUUAGCCACAGGACAGGAAGUAGCCAUCAAAAUGAUUGACAAGAAAGCAAUGAGAACAGCAGGAAUGGUGAAUAGAGUAUGCAAUGAGGUGGAAAUCCAUUGUCGACUAAAACAUCCAUCCAUUUUAGAGCUCUAUACUUAUUUUGAGGAUGACAACUAUGUGUACCUUGUACUGGAGCUGGCUGAGAAUGGUGAGGCAAACAGAUACUUGAGAAAGCAGGGACACACCCUCAAGGAGAGUGAAGUUCGCCGCAUCAUGCUGCAGGUUGUCAAGGGUGUGCUCUACUUGCACUCUCAUGGCAUAAUCCACAGGGACCUCUCCCUUGGGAACAUCUUGCUCUCAAGUGACAUGGACGCAAAAAUUGCUGACUUUGGACUUGCUACGAGGCUGUCCCUGCCUGACGAGAAGCACUACACCAUGUGUGGAACACCCAACUACAUCUCCCCUGAGAUAGCAACAAGGGAUCCUCAUGGGUUGGAAUCUGAUGUCUGGUCCAUUGGAUGUAUGCUGUUUACACUACUUGUUGGAAAACCUCCAUUUGAUACUGAAGCCGUCAGAAGCACUCUAAACAAAGUUGUCCUGGCUGAGUAUGACAUCCCAAACCAUGUAUCCAUAGAAGCAAGGGACUUGAUUUCCAAGUUGCUGAAAAAGAAUCCACAAGACAGACUUACCCUAUCAGGGAUUCUUGAUCACCCAUUCAUCACAAACCAGACCUUGAAUACCAAAUACUCAUCACCAACAAGACAGCAUCUAAAUCCACGGGCCUAUGAGAAUUCCUUGGACAGUGGCACGGGUACCAUGGCAACCAUAUCCACAGGUCAUGCGCCAUUUCAGCAGGAUAACAGACAUGCUGUCAAAUCCAGCUCAGCUGAAAGGACAUCAGACAUCUGGCCUCGUGAUCCUAAACACCCCCCAUCCCCUCCUGUUAGGCAAAGACCAAGCUCCUGUCCAAGCACUGAGAAUGUAACCACAGGGAGCUCAUCCCAUGUCCGCGGGUCAGAUGUGGCACAGCCAGCCCAGUAUUCUGGGCUGAAGACCCGUACUUCUGACUCAUGGCUGUCAGAUAUCCACUCGUCUAAGAUCCCCAAACUACCACAGAAGCCACUAGUGGGCCUGGACAAAAUGAAUGGGAUUCAAAGCAAAUUCAAGUCAUAUAAUGCAACCAAAUACAGCAGUUAUUAUGGAAGCACCCUUGGGGAUAUUUUACACUCGGCGGGACAGCAAAACGGCACUAACACCAGCAGCAGUGGUUUCUACAGUGCAGAUACCAAGUCUUACUCUGCGAACCAUGGGCUUAAGACCUCCAGCACAGACCACAAUAACAAGGAAAGCUGUCAAACAAGAGAUAAUCACAUGUAUGAGAAAUCCAUUGAGCAGCCAAGUGCUACCAAGAGUGAGCACAGCAGAGCCUAUAGCAGCCAAGACAGUAGGCCACACUCACACCACAAGCGCCAUGGUAGUGACAGUGUCAGUAAGGAUUUUGAUGCUUCACCGCAACCCAGUCAGGGAGAGAGCAGGCGUAAGCAGAAUCAUCGUAGUGAUAGUGAAAGGCAAACCAGGCGUGCUGAAAAAUCACGUUCUGGUGGAAGGGAUAAAUCACUGGGUGAACUGACAGAGCCACUGAAUGCUGAAAGACUCAGGCCCAUCCGACAGAAGACACGGAAUGCAGUUGUUAGCAUCACUGAUGAAGCAGAAGUCUGCCUGGAAUUCUUACAACAAAAAGGUGGUCAAAGCAUUGUCACCGAGGUAAUAAGAAUUGCAUCCAAUGGCAUGAAGGUCUCUGUGUACCAACCUAGUGAAGCAGAAAAGUUACUUGGCAGUGAGCCCCCCUUGCCACCAUCUGCAGGGAAUGGAAGCUACCUCUUCCCCAGCCUGCCGUCCAAGUACUGGAAGAAGUAUAAGUAUGCAGCAAAGUUUGUACAACUUGUGCGCAAACUUACGCCCAAGGUCACUCUUUAUUCAAAGCAUGCUAAAUGUGUCCUCAUGGAAAACUACCCACAUGCAGACUUCGAAGUCUGCUUCUACAAUGGGGCAAAAGUUCAUCAGUCGCAGGAGUGCACCCGUGUCAUUGAGCCAGGAGGUGUGUCCUAUACCUUGGAAUCGGUUGGAGGCAUUGAAGGUGUCCCAGUGGAGAUGCGUAAGCUUAUCCAACAUGUCAAAGCUGCUUACCAGCAAUGCGUCCGGCUUGAGAGAAUCAUUAUGCAGGAGGAAAAAGAGAGCAAUGGAAAUCAGUAUUUCCCAUUCAUUGUUGGCCGCCGUCCUCCUGCAUGGAAGAACUCUAGUGGAAAAAGUGAAAAGCAGGACCAACAAGGCUGCAGUAACGGUCAAAGCCAGCCUGUCCUUCCUUCAUCACCAAGUAUUGCAGCUCCAGCAAUGACCUCCCUCUUGUCAUUUGAUGGCACCAUUGCCAGUACAGCACAGACCACCAACCCAGCAUUUCCAGGCAAAUCCAGGAAAACAUCUCCCUCCAAGACAUCACGGCACAAGCAAUCACCAGCCCAGCCUAUCCCUGCUGAAGUGGCAAAUGCCAAAACAGAUCCUUCCCCUCACCACUAUGUGGAGGGAAGCUCUCCUAUACCUUCGGCACAUGUCUGCAAGAUGGCAUUUGUGGAUGGUGUGGGAUGGUCCUCACAGCUGACAACUGGUGAGGUGUGGAUUCAGUAUACCGAUGGCUCACAGAUCAUAUUCCAUGCUGCAGCAGCCGCCAUCAAGUUUACAGACAGCACGGGAAAUGUCACUCGGUAUGAAUAUGCAGACAGAUUGCCAUCUGUUAUUAAAGAGAAGCUCUCCCAUUUGCCAGCUGUUAUUAAAACACUAGCAACAACCUCUAAAGUAUCAUAAAACAUAUACAAACCUAUAGCACAAUAUAUAUCAUUUUUAGACUCUUCACAAAUCAAAUAUUCAGUAUAAUCACAAAUUUUCAUCUUAAUCUCCAAUGGCUUUUUUGUACAUUUUAAUUAUCUAGAUUUCUGCCUUUGUAAACUCCAGUCUAAAAUUGUUUACGACCACUGAAACAAUAUUGCAGUGUUACACCACAAACCAUGUUAUGGGUAAGACCUCUGGAAUGAAGCUUCUAACACGCUCCUAAUAAGCUCCAUUGUUGGGCAUUGUCAUGAUUUAUAGUGCAUGACAAAUUCUUGUGUAUACUGGUGGUUUGUAAAUAACAAUAAUUGAAACUCUGUAAAGUGUUAGGCAGUAUUUUAUUCUUUAUUUUUAUCUUUGUAAAUCCUUUUUCCAGCAUAUCCAACCCUCUUUGUAAUAAAACCUGCAUAUCACAUACCAA